AUCUAUAAACAUUAGAAAUAAGCGGAUGAAUAAAUAAUUGUACGACGAUCAGCUGGGUUUGUUAUAUUCACCAUAUGAUAUUAGAUAUAUGUCACAUGAUGCAUAUGUUUCUUGAAACGUCAAUGUAACGUUGGUGUUUGUACGAUUUUUAAGAACCAUGUAAAUUCCAUGACAAUUAAAUUAUCUUUAAUAUGCUUAGAGCAUCUAAUUUACACCGAAAAUUACAUUUUCGUAGAGUGUCAUUUGUAGCAUACAAUUUGAAAAUGUUUUUCGGUAUAAACAUGUAGGUUAUUUUGAAUAUUUCAAAUAAUAGUUCACAUGUUAACAUAUGUAUAUUAUAAUAAUAUAGACAGUUAUAUAAUCAUAAAACAAAGUAUUAAACUUAUCGGUAUUUAAUCUUAUGAAGAUCAUGUUAAAAUUUAAUCAGUGUAACAAAAAAUCUUUCGAGCAUAUGCACUGCAUAUCUUGUUGGGAAUUUAUGCAGAUAAAGAGAUUUAAACAUCAAUAUGAUAUAAAGAAAUGCUACCAAAUACUACAAGUUGCAGAAGAUUGCGAAAAUGAAUCUCUCAAACUAGCAUUCAUUUGCCAAGCAAAAAGAUUUCAUCCAGAUAGUGGUACAUCAGAAGCUGAUGCAACCAAAUUUUCUGAGAUUGAAGCUGCUUACAGAGAAAUUCGUAAAUCAAGGAUAAAGGAGAAAGAAAACAGUACAAAUUUACCUGAAGUGGAAGAGUUUGACAUCAAACAUACAGCACCACAACAUCGUCAUUAUUUGAUGUAUAAUGUAGGAAUUGGAACACCUAGCAAAAGACAAAAAUUAUACACAAUAGAAAAGGCUCAAAAAGCAGUUGACAAUGUAUUGGAACAUAGAUUAAAAAAGUUGCAAGCUGAAGAACGUAAUACAUUAGUUGGAAUGGAUAAACAACGUGCUAAAGAUAUUAAAACACGUUUUGGUAUGGAUCGUUUAGUAGAAGAUUUAAUUCAAGAAGCAAUGAAUAAAGGUGAAUUUAAAGAUCUCCCAGGCACCGGUAAACCGUUGAAGGAAAAUACAAACACCCGAAAUCCAUAUGUUGAUUUUGUUACUUACAAACUAAAUGAGGUACUAAUAGAAAAUGGAUUUAGUCCGGAAUGGAUACAGUUAUCUAAAGAAAUUAGAGAAGACAUACAAAAUUUACGAAAACAAUUAAUAAGCGCUCGUAAUAACGUGGGACAUCUUCCAUUAAACUUCGCAGAUGAAAGUGCUUGGAAGAAAAUUGUAGAUAACUUUAAGUUUGAAACAAAACGAAUAAAUAGUAAAAUCGACAAGUAUAAUUUAUUAGUACCUAUACUUCAGAAACAAAUGUUUCAUAUUAAAUUAGAGGAGUUUGCAAAAGAAGCACUUUCGACACCACCACAAAAAACACACACAACUAUAAAAUAUAAUUCGAAAAAUGUAGAUCCUGAUGUCUCUACAAAGAAAGAUGGUUUAUUUGAAGUAAUAUUUUCAAUUUUCAAUAACAAGGGUUCGUAGAAAACAUACUUUUUUAUUAGAUUAUUUUAGCACAUUUCUUUUAACUAAAUUUGUUAUUUCUAUUGAUUUAUUUCUGGUAGAAAAUUUAAUAUAUAUAAAAUAAAAUAAGUGUAUCAAAUAUACAUGAUGCAUAAAAUAAUUAUACAACUGAGAUUAAUAAUUCCAUGUAAUAGAAUUAUCGUCGUUUAAGUGUAUCCUUUCGGUAGCUAAAUAUUUUAAAGCUAGUGGAAAAAUACGAUGUUCAGCUAUUUUCACUCGUUCUUGAAGACUUUCUACGGUAUCAUGUGGCAGUACAGGUACUGCUGCUUGUUCAAUAAUUGCUCCAGAAUCGAUAUCAGUCUAAAAAUUAUUUUUAAAUACAUGAAAAAAUUUUUUAAUGUAAAUAAAAAUUUAUAAAUAUAAUAUAUAUCAUGUA